AUGGCCUCGUCUCAGGGGAAGAACGAGCUGAAAUUCGCCGACUGGAUGGCAACUCUGCCCGAGAGCAUCCACAGCGUCCCCCUCACCAAUUUAGCCCUCCCAGGAUCUCAUGAUUCCUUCAGCUUCUACAUUGACGAAGCCUCUCCAGUGGGGCCUGAACAGCCAGAAACUGUCCAGAAUUUUGUCUCUGUGUUUGGAACUGUGGCCAAAAAGCUGAUGCGGAAAUGGCUAGCCACUCAAACCAUGAACUUUACUGGUCAGCUAGGAGCUGGGAUCCGUUAUUUUGAUCUUCGAAUUUCCACCAAGCCCAGAGACCCCGACAAUGAACUCUACUUUGCUCAUGGUUUGUUCAGUGCCAAAGUCAAUGAAGGCCUUGAGGAGAUCAAUGCAUUCCUCACAGAUCACCAUAAGGAGGUAGUAUUCUUGGACUUCAACCACUUUUAUGGGAUGCAGAAGUAUCACCAUGAAAAACUCGUCCAAAUGCUGAAAGACAUCUAUGGAAAUAAAAUGUGCCCAGCGAUUUUUGCCCAGGAAGUGAGUCUAAAGUACCUGUGGGAGAAGGACUACCAAGUGCUGGUCUUCUACCACAGUCCAGUGGCUCUGGAAGUACCCUUUCUCUGGCCUGGGCAGAUGAUGCCAGCACCCUGGGCCAACACCACAGACCCGGAAAAACUGAUCCAGUUUCUUCAGGCAUCCAUCACUGAGAGAAGGAAGAAGGGAUCAUUUUUUAUAUCUCAGGUGGUGCUGACCCCCAAAGCUAGCACCGUGGUCAAAGGGGUGGCCAGUGGUCUCAGAGAAACGAUCACUGAAAGAGCCCUUCCUGCCAUGAUGCAGUGGGUCCGCACGCAGAAGCCAGGAGAGAGUGGCAUCAAUAUUGUCACUGCUGAUUUCGUAGAACUUGGUGAUUUCAUCAGCACUGUCAUAAAGCUCAACUAUGUCUUUGAUGAAGGGGAAGCCAACACUUGA